AGAGACGGGUGAACGCCGUUGUGGGGCGGUCCUGUCGAGGGCGCCCGAGCUAGGUUGCCACUCUCGGGCUACCUCGUAGCACGAGGGUCAGGCGAGCGUCACGCGGAGGUUCAUUUCCCAGACGAGCACGGCACAGCCGGGGCCACGGCACUCUUCACCCUCCCAGGAGCCCCGGAAGUGGCUGUCAGGUUCAGGUCUCUGAGGAAGGCCAGGGUGGCUCCUGUUUUCCAGGAUGGACUUCCCCAGCUCCCUCCCGCCCUCGUUGUUUACGACUGGCCCCCUUGGUCUGAGCGAUGUCCCUGACGUGUCCUUCAUGUGCAGCUGGAGAGACGCGCUGACCCUGCCGGAGUCCCUGCCCCAAGGUCCUGAGAACGCGGCGCCGCACGUGGCCAAGGGCCUGCUCUGGGAGCCGGAUACCCCUGGGCCGCUGCCCUUGCUGCCUCCUGGUCCCGAUCCCUGGGACCCCGGCGUGACUGCCCAGGAUCUGCUUUUCCGGGGAGGUUACCAGUUCCGUAGACAGCCCCAAGCCGUGCUGGACGUUACUGAGCAGGUAAGCGGCCCCACGGUGCGCAGUGCCACGCGGCCGGGGCUGUGCCUAGUGACCUGGCCUCCUUUCCUCCUGCAGCUCAGCCGGUUCUUGUGGGACCAUGGGGACAUAGCCUUUGCACCCCUGGGGAAGCUGAUGCUGGAGAAUUUCAAACUGGAGGGAGCACGGGGCCGCUCUAAGAAGAAGACAGUGGUCAGCGUGAAGAGGCUGCUCCAGGACCUCGGUGGACACCAGCCCUGGGGCUGUCCCUGGGCUUACCUCAGCCACCGCCAGCGCCGGUUCUCCAUCCUUGGGGGCCCGAUCCUCAGCACGUCGGUGGCGAGCCUCCUGGGGGAGCUGCUGCACGAGGAGCUGGCCCUGCGGUGGGAGCAGCUGCUCCUGGACGACGCCUUCACUGGGGGCGCACUGGCCUGGGUGCCCGGCAGGACGCCCAGGGCUGGGCAGCUGGUCUACCCCGCAGGAGGCGCCCUGGACAGGCUGUACUUCCAGAAGGUCAGCCUGACCCCAGGCAGUGAGCCCCGGGUUCUGGGAGGCCCUGGCCAUAUCCGGCUCCGGGGACCUGUCCGGCAGGUGGUGACCCACACCGUGCAGGGAGAAGCUCUGCUGGCUGUCCGCUCUGACUACCACUGUGCCUUGUGGAAGGUCAGUAAGCAGGGGCAGCCGGCCCCUCUCCAGGUGUUGCAGGUCGAGAAGGGGGCCACAGGGAUCAGCCUCAGCCCUCACCUGCCUGGAGAGCUGGCCAUCUGCAGCCGUUCCGGAGCCAUCUGUCUGUGGAAUCCCCAGGACGGGCUGCGGCAAAUCUACAAGGACCCCGAGACCCUUGUGUUCCGGGACCCCUCUCCCUGGCGUUGGGCAGACUUCACCGCCCACCCUCGAGUGCUGACUGUGGGUGAUCGCACCGGAGUGAAGAUGGUGGACACUCAGGGCCCGCCGGGCUGUGGUCUGCUGCUUUUUCGUGGAGGGGCAGAAGCAUCGUGCCAGAAAGGGGAGCGGGUCCUGCUCACCCAGUACCUGGGGGAGUGCGGCCCUGAGUGCCUGCACCCCACGCUCCACCUCAUCUGCACCCAGUUCUCGCUCUACCUGGUGGAUGAGCGCCUCCCCUUGGUGCCCCUGCUGAAGUGGAACCACGGCCUCCCCUCCGCGCCCCUGCUGGCCCGGCUGCUGCCCCCGCCCCGCACAGGCCUCCCGCGGCCGCUGCUCCUGGCGGGCCAGGGUGGGGAGCUGCAGCUGCUGCACGUCGCAGGAGAGGGGGCCUCCACGCCCCGGCUGGCAGGGCCCCCCCAGUCUCUCCCUUCCAGGAGCGACUCCCUCUCUGCCUUCCCCCUGCUGGAGCCCAAGAGUCAGUGGCGGCUGCAGGAACGUCUGAAAGCACCAGCCAUAGGCCUGGCCGCCGCCAUCCCGCCCUCCGCUUCCACGCCGGUGCUGUCGCUCUUCCAACUGUCGGCGGCUGGAGACGUCUUCCACCAGCGCCUCCACCUCCAGGGAGAGCCCGGGCCUGACUCUCCUGCCCCCACGGCUUCCUGGACCCCCCAGGCCACUGCCUCCUGCAGCCGGUGGCUGAAGGCCCUGCUGGAGGUGCCCCCGGCUCCCCCCGUGUGGGCUGCACCCACCUUCUCCCACCGCCGCCUGCUGGGCUGCUUUGAGCCUCAGAAGGCAGAGGGCAAAGCGCCAGAGGGUCUUCGCACGGCCAUGGCCAAAGGGCGUCUCCUGCAGCCGAGGGACCUGGGCUUGCUCCCCACGGAAGAGCGGGCCCCCGCCCCCGAGCCAGGCCCCGAGGACGAGCUCAGCGAGCGUUUGGAGGCAGCCUGGGAGGGCCAGGCGGCGGCCUGGUGGGAGAGGCGGCGGGGCAGCGGCUCGGGGCCCGGCAAACAGCCCAAGCGGCACAAGCGCCGGACUCAACUGUCCAGCACCUUCUCCUCACUCAGCGGCCGCUUAGACCUCUCAGACGCCGCCAGCCCCCCUCCCAGCCCAGAGCGGACACUGCCCGAGGCCAGGCCUCAGCCCCCAGUGACCCCGCCCGCCCAGGAGUCCACCCAGGAGCUGUGGGCCCGGGGCGUCCCCUCGGAGCGGCAGCAGACCCUCCGGGACUACAUGGCUGAGCUGCCGCUCCGAGGGGACGCCCCGGGGGCUGCCUCUGUGCCUUCCUCCCAGGCCUCCAGCGUCCGGGCCACCCCCUCCCGGCAGCGGGCAGCCGUCCGCCCCGGCUCUCAGCCGCACUGGAAGAAGCCCCGCAUGGGCUUCUGACGCCCGGGGAAGCUGCCCCCCACCUCCAGGGAGCCCUUUGUCCUGGAUAAGCUGUGCCUUUUGUGGUUGAAACGGGCCAGGGUGCAGACCUUCCUGCUUUUUGAAGGCCUUCGUGACUGCGGGAGACAUUCAGAAGCGAUUUGAGUCCACGUUGGAGGAAGGAGGACAAGGUAGUCGUUUCUCCUGUAGCUCGUGCUCCCAGGGGCACGUUGAGAAGUCCUGGGAGCCCCGUCCUGAAGGUCAGUGUCGCCAGGAUCCCCUCCAGCCGACAGUGUCGUGCUGGAAAGCGGGGGCUCCAGGUGGCCGAGGGCUCCGCCACGCACGGGCCCCCGGGGACGUGGCGAGUGACGGUGAAGUGAGCUGCCCAGCCUGCCGGUGCUCCGCUGCUGGGUGUUAGGUGUGUGUGUGUGUGAAGCGGUUUCUAGCACCAUCUAACGUUUUGUAGAGGGAGGCACUUUGGACCCACGUUUAGGGGUUGAAUAAACUUGUCACCUGA